AUGAAAGGCAGAAUAUACUCUGUAACGGGCGCCGCGUCUGGAAUUGGUCAAGCUGUUGUUUUGAGGCUGGCUGAAUUAGGUGCUCGCGGUAUUGCUAUCAGCGAUGUGAAUCUAGAAGGUUUGGGAAAGACGAAGAAGUUAUGCGAGGCUUCCGAGGUGCAAAUAGAAUGCACUCGCGUGGAUGUGAGCAAUCCAGAUCAAGUGGACAGAUGGAUCGCAGACACAGUCAGUGUAUUCGGGCGUCUGGAUGGCGCAGCCAAUGUAGCAGGCAUUGCUGCAGGGGAUGGGGACACAACGUGUCAAACAAUUAAAAAAGAAGAGUGGGACAGAACGAUAAGUAUCAACCUCAAUGGAAUCAUGCAUAGUAUGAGAGCGCAGCUACCUCAUCUUCCGCGCCCCGGUGGGGCCAUUGUAAAUGUCUCUAGCACUUCUGGCCUACGAGGUUUCCCAUAUAGUGCGGCCUACUCGACGAGCAAGUUCGGGGUAAUUGGGUUAAGCGCUUCCGCCGCAGGAGAGUUUGGUAAAGAGGGCAUCCGGAUUAAUGCCCUACUCCCAGGGCCGAUUGAUACUCCCCUUCUCCGAGAACGUGCUAGCUCGGGAGGGUUCGAUGCAGACGUAACUAGCGAAGCGACGUGUCUCGGUCGCAUGGGCAAACCCGCUGAGGUUGCUAAAGUGUUGUGUUUCUUGCUUAGUGAUGAUGCUUCCUUUGUUACUGGAGGUAUGUCACAUGCUAAUAUGAGAACUAUUGGAUUUUUGAGAAUCUAA